UAUUCUGAAUGAGAGCAGAUUUCUUUCUUGUGAUUUUUCUCUUCAUCUCUGACAGCUUCAGCCUCGGGCAGCAAGUGUCUCAGGUGUGCUGUUACCUGCCCAGGUGUGCUCAUUCGUUCAAGGAUGGCAGCUGCAGCAGAAUAGGAUUCAUCUGCGGUCCACCAGAAACUAGACUCUACCAGGGAGCCUUUGGUGUCUCAACAUGAUCCUCAUCGUUCUUUUAGGUCUUCUCUCAGCGGUAAAACCCCAGGACCUACCGGACCAGUGCCCUGGCAGCUCCUGUCACCCCCAGCUCGGUGACCUGAUGGUGGGCCGAGCAGCGCAGCUCUCAGCCUCGUCCACCUGCGGUCUGGACGGACCCCAGAACUACUGCAUCGUUGGAUACCUGGAGGGGGAGCGGAAAUGUUUCACUUGUGACUCCAGACUGCCAUUUAGUCCCCUUGACAACCCCAAGAGCCAUCGUAUCGAGAACGUCAUCACCACCUUUGACUCUGAGAGACGAAUGAUGUGGUGGCAGUCUGAAAACGGAGUUCAUCAGGUCAGCAUCCAGUUAGAUCUGGAGACCGUUUUUCAAUUCAGCCACCUGGUCCUUACCUUCAAGAGCUUCAGGCCUGCAGCCAUGCUGGUGGAGCGCUCCAAGGAUUUUGGACGAAGCUGGAAAGUUUUCCGCUACUUUGCAGACGACUGUUCGCUUCAUUUUCCGUCAGUUCCUGCAGAACCUGCCGACUUCAUCGACGACGUGGUCUGUGACAGCAGAUACUCUGGACCAGAACCUUCCACAGGCGGCGAGGUGGUGCUAAAAGCUCUGGAUCCUGUCUUUGAAAUAGAGAACCCGUACGCUCCAAACAUUCAAGAACUGAUCACCAUGACGAAUAUCCGGGUGAACUUCACUCGUCUCUUCACGCUUGGUGACACGCUGCUGACUCGCAGACGCAGGAACCCUCAGGAGAAAUAUUACUACUCGCUUUACAGCAUGGUGGUUCAGGGAAGCUGCUUCUGCAAUGGACACGCCAGCCGGUGUGUCCCUGUGGACGGAGGACGUGGGGACGUCUUCACCCAGCCCGACAUGAUUCAUGGUCAGUGUGUUUGUCAGCACAACACAGCCGGGGAAAACUGUGAGAGAUGUCAGCCGCUCUACAACGACUCCCCCUGGAGGCCGGGAGGAGAAAACACAGCCAGCAUCUGCAGGAGGUGUGACUGUCAUGGUCACUCGGACUCGUGUCACUUCGACGCUGCUCGCUACGAAGAAACGGGCGGGGCGAGUGGCGGCGUGUGUGACGACUGCCGCCAUGACAGAACGGGGCCUCAGUGUGAACGCUGUCGACCGUUCCUGUAUCAGGACCCGCAGCGGGCGCCGGAGGACCCCCACGCCUGCAUACCGUGUGACUGCGACCCUGCCGGCUCCCUCGGCGGCGGUCUGUGUGACGCUUCCAGUGGUCGGUGCUUAUGUAAAGAAAACGUGGAGGGUCAACGCUGUGAUCGCUGCAAACACGGUUUCUUCAAUCUGAGAGCGGACAAUCCAACUGGAUGUGAAGACUGCAGGUGUCACAGUUUGGGAAGUGUUGGACCAUGCGAUCAGCUGACAGGAAGCUGCAAAUGUGAGCCAAUGGCGAGCGGACCGCUGUGUGAUCGCUGUGUGGCAGGUUUCUGGGGUUUGGGAAACUCCGUGUUCAGAUGUUCACCCUGUGACUGCGAUAUCGGUGGAGCUCACAGCAACAUGUGUUCUCCAGAGGACGGACAGUGUCCCUGUUUACCCAACAUGGCUGGCCGGCGCUGCUCUGAUCCCAGUCCCGGUUACUUCCUGCCAUCCCUGAACUACUUCCUGUAUGAGGCGGAGCUUGCUGCACAGCUGUCAGGAGAAAACUCCUCCCCUCCCACUCCUUCAUCCUCUUCCUCUCCUCUGGUGAAUCCCGGCCUUUUGCCUUCAUGUGAGCAGUAUUUCAGGAACCAGGGCUAUGACUAUCAACUCUCCAAUGGAAAAGUGAUUUUGAUCCGGAAGCCCCGCCGUCUCAGCCGCCGGAGGCGACAGCAGAACACAAAACCUCUGAACUUGGGGCCCCUCCAGAUUCUUCCCCACCAGGGGUCACCUGAUCAGUCAGGAACUGGUCUGGGAUUGGUCAGAGUAACAGAGGGGGCGGGGCUUAGAUUCACAGUAGACAAUUUGCCAACAUCAAUGGAGUAUCAGCUGGUGAUCCGCUAUGAAUCUGAGUCUGUCUCUGAUUGGCUGGCUACGGCACGCAUCAUGAUGCUGUCACCAGGUGAUGGAGGCUGCAGUGACCCCCCAACAGGAAGUCUAACGCUGAUGCUCCCCAGAGGCUCCAGGUUGGGAAUUCUGGACCCCCGUGUUUGUCUGAACGCCAGAGGUCAAUACCUUGUGGAAAUCUUCUUUAACAAGCAGCAAAUAUCUGACAACGUUCCCCUGCUGGUCGACUCGAUGGGACUGAUUCAGAAUUUCGAUUCGGAUCAAGACUUCUGCUCCAGGGGCGACUUCGACUCUUUCAGUCACUUUCGCUGCGUCGGCUUGGAUGUCUAUCUCGGCUCUCAAGAGUCGCUUCCAAAAAUCUGCGAAGGACUGAUCAAGAGUCUGUCGGCGCUCAUCCACAAUGGAGCUGUUGCUUGCAGGUGUAACGUCGAUGGUUCUCUUGGGUCGGGAUGCAGUAAGCUGGGUGGGUCCUGUGAAUGUAAACCCGGCGUGAUCGGACGCUGCUGCGACGCCUGCGCACCUCUGACCUUUGGAUUCGGGCCCGAAGGCUGCACACGAUGCGACUGCGACCCUCGAGGCUCCGCGUCGGAGGCGUGCGAUCCGAUCAGAGGUCAGUGUGCGUGCCGCCCACAGGUGACGGGCCGACGCUGCGAUCGAUGCGAGCCCGGCUUCUGGGGAUUCCCGCUCUGUCGGCCGUGUGAUUGUAACGGCCUGUCGGAAACAUGCGACGGAGAGACAGGAGAGUGUCUGGACUGCAGGGAACACAGCAGCGGACCGCACUGUGACAGGUGUGUGGAGGGUUACAUUGGUGACCCGGUCUCCAGGGAGCCCUGUAAGCCCUGCCUGUGUCCCGACAACCUGGGCAGCGGACGAUUCUUUGCAUCUUCCUGUCGAUACGACCCGCAGUCCCUCAGUGUGAGCUGCUCCUGCAGGGAGGGGCACACAGGUGCACAGUGUGACAGGUGCAGUCCUGGUUUUUAUGGCGACCUGACCUUACCGGGUGGCAGCUGCAGUUUGUGCUCAUGCAACAACAACAUCGACCCAGACGACGGCGACGCCUGCGACAGCACAACCGGGGAGUGUCUUCGCUGCCUCCACCACACCACAGGCCCACAGUGCCAGUUCUGCACACCUGGCUACUUUGGCAAUGCCCUGCAGCACAACUGCAAAGAAUGCUCCUGUGACCGUCGGGGGACAGAGGCGACCCUAUGUCCUCUGGAGAGUCCCUGCUUCUGCGACAGGGAGACAGGACGGUGUCCCUGCAGGACGGGGGUGGUGGGAGACCUCUGUGACGAAUGCGAGGACGGAUUCUGGAACCUGGACGGAGCAUCGGGAUGCCAGGCCUGCAGCUGUGACCCUGCAAACUCCGUCUCCAACAUCUGUAACAAGGUGUCGGGGCAGUGUCCUUGUCGUCCUGAGUUUGGAGGAAGACAGUGCGAUGAAUGUGGAGAAAAUCAUUUUGGGAAUCCAGACCUGCAAUGCAUCUCUUGUGACUGUAACCUGGAGGGAACCGAGCGGCCGUCGUGUGACCCUGAAACCGGUGAGUGCAUCUGUCGGACCGGCGUCACCGGCAUGUUCUGCGACGAGUGCGCUCCUGGUUACAGCUCGGAGUUUCCAGCAUGUGAGAAAUGCCACGAGUGCAUGACUCUGUGGCGCGAGAACGUCACUGACGUCCAGCGAGCUGCACAGAGGAUGAGAACCUUGAUCCCUCUGCAUGGCGACACCCAGGAGCCCUCACAAAGUCGCUACUGGCAAUGGAUGCUGGAGCUGCACUCCAGACUUGACAGCGUUGGGAACAUGACGGAUCUGUUCCUCCCAAAGCUGGAAAAGGUAGAGAAACUCUACAUGAAGAUAAGUAAGCUGAAGGAUGCCAUUGACACCAACAUGAUUCUGAUGGACCCGUCUCUGCUGCUUAACAAUGAGAUCGAUAACAUUCAUGCAGAGUUUGAGAAGCUGCUGAAAAACCUGAAGGACAAACUCAUCAAGGCUCCAAUAAAGACAGAAACUCAGCCUGUGGCAGAGCUGCUGGGGGAGAUCCAGAAGCUUCAUAAAACCUUCAUGUCAGAUGAGAAGAGGGUGAGAAGCUCCAAUAAAGCUGUGGAGGACUCCAUGGACACCAGACAGGAGGUUAAACGCAAACUAAGCAUGUGUGGUGGCGGAGGAGACCUGGCAACCCUGGAGAAGAAGGUCAAAGAGCUCAGCGUGCUUAAACUCAACCAAAAGGUCUGUGGGCGACCAGAUCCAGAGGACUGCUCAGGAUGUCCUGAAGGUCAGUACUGUGAUGGAGCUGUUCCUGUCGCUCAGAAAGCUUCAGAGAUGGAAGAGAGAUUAAAGGACCAGCUCGUCAAAUUCCCAUCCAAGCUGCAGGAGUCAAAGAAAAAGAUGAGUGACGCCCAGCAGGCGGCUCAGGACACCAAAGACCAGGCCAGGGACCUGCAGCGUCAGAUCAGCGACGCCUCUGGAUCACUGGAGAGAGAGAAAAACAAGACCAGGGAGCUCCUCCAGAGAGUCACUCAGUACCUGAGGGAUGAAAUCGUUUCUGCUGACGACAUUGAGAAAACGGCUAACGCGGUCCUGAGCAUCCAGUUACCGCGUUCACCUGCUGAGAUCAGAAAGAUGAUCGACGACAUCAAUAAUCUGCUGAACGGCGCCACCAAAGUCCAGGACCUGAAGAAGCUGCAGGAUCAAGCCCAAACGGCUCAGGAGCUGCUGCAGAAGGCGACAAAAAUCAAGGAGAAGACUGAAAAAAUCAGUGUUAAAGAGAUCCUCAGAGACAUUUUAGCAGCAGACAGAGCUCAGACCAAAGCCAACGAUGACCUGGAGAUGGCCAAUCAGGACAGAGACGACGCCAAGGAACAAAUCCAAGAGGCUGAAGACAAACUGGACGGCAUUGAAUCUGAGCUGAUGAAUCGGCCUGCAGGUCUGCUGGAAGAGAUCGAAGCUGUGAAAAAUAAAACAGAGCUGAACAGAGAGUUGGCCAAAGAGGCCAGAGAGGCUGCAGAGUCGGCACUUAGCAGCAUUUCUAACGAAACGGAUCUGCAGGAAGUUCAGGAGCAGUUUCAGCUUUUAAAGCAAAAGCACUCGGAUCGAACAAAUGAAGACGAAGCCUCAGAUCGACUGAAGAAAAUCCUGAAGGAGGCCGAAGACAUGCAGAGAGAGAUGGAGGACAGACUCCAACAGAUACAAGACCUGGAGCAGAAGAUCCAGCUGCUGCUCCAGAGGAAGAAAGAGAAAGUAGUGGAGGUGUCCGAGCUGCUGGAGAUGGCGGAGUCACUUCGAAGGGAAAUCACCUCUCGAGCCAAUGGAUUCGCCACCUGUUAGAAUAUCUGUCUUUUUACGAAAUAAACUUUUAUAAAGAUCGAAGCCUACUUCAUAGAAAUAAAAAUAAAUUAUAUUGAACUUGG